UUUAUACCGUGUACAACGCAAAGACAGCCAACAAUAUGAUUUUGGCGUAGCAUUUUAAUUGUUUCAUUCAUAAUUAACCAGAAAAAAGGACAUAUUUUUAAAAGAUUUUAUUAUUGUGAUCAGAACAGUUAGUAUUUCGAAGUAAGAUCAAUGAUAUUUAAGUGAUAUAGACAGAUAUGGCGGAUCACAGACAGCCAAAUCCAACGACAUUUGGAUCUAAUUUUCAACAAUAUCGACCCCCUCCUGGCCCACAAACGGGAGGUUCCGGUCCUCCCCAACAAUGGAUACAACAGAAUCAAGGUCCGGGAAAAAUGACCGCUAAUUCUUAUGGACCUCCAGGACAGUUUCAGACUCCGCCUAUGGGUGGCCCUCCACGUCCUGGUCUACCCCCACCAGGUGGAGUAAUGCCCCAAAACUUUAAUCAGCCUCCCACAAACAUGGGCAUGGGGCAGCCUGGAACCUUGAAUGGACAUUCACAAGGAAACUUUAUGCCAAAUAGUCCACCACGUGGUGUUAUGAAUGGUCCAAGUGGAACACCACCUCCAGCCAUUCCCACAUCGAUGGGCCAACCAGGAACGCAAUCCAACUUUUCUAAUUCAGGAAUGCCACCACAAACAAUGGGGCAGAGACCUCAAAUGGGUCCUGGUGCACACCCCAAUCAACAGAGAAUGCCACCUCUUACAAAUUCAUUGCCAAGAAUGCCCCCUUCAAUGGGACAAUCGACUGGAUUCCCUCCAACCUCAAUGGGACAAAGGAUGCAACCGCCUCAGGUUGGUCAAACUCCUUCUCCUCAAAUGGGACAUGGACCACCUCCAAUGCAAGGAAUGCCACCUUCAUCAAUGGCACAAGGAAUGCCACCUUCUUCAAUGGCACAAGGCAUGUCUCCUCAUCCUGGGAAUAACCAAGGGAUGCCACCUCAAGUGGGAAUGCCCCAAGUGAUGGGAAGAGGAAUGCCACCAGUAUCAUCAUAUGGUCAAGCUCCACCACAGACAAGACCUCCAGUUUCUAAUAAUAUUGGAGCACCUCCAUCAUCUUUUGGUUCCCAGCAACCGCCUGGUCCACCAUCCAUGAUAAAUAAUACAACAGCAUUAGGAUCGAGUGAUCGACCUAAUGAAUUACCAGUUCCUUAUCAUGGUCAAGCUCAGUAUUCCCAUCAAAUAGGGUCAUCCAUGCAUCUUUCCCCUGGCGUAACUCCCGGAUCAGGACCACCAUCUAACAAAUCAUCUCGAGCAGCAACACCAGUUAGUGGACAAACGUACGAUGCUUUAGAGGGACAGUUUACACCAAAUAAACAGGGUGGUCCAUCCCCUCCACAAGGUUAUAAUCCUUCCCCUCUUGCUAGUCAGCCUCCCAUUGGUCAAGAUAUGGGUCAAAGGUCAACAGGAAUAACUGGAAGAAGACAGUAUCCACAAGGAGCUGGAAAAGAAAGUCAAAUAGCGCCAAAUUAUCCUGGUAGUUACGGGAAUAAAGCAGGAGAUCAAAUGUAUCAAGCUCCUUCUGGGAUACCUCCCUACGGUAACCUGCAGUCACCUGCGAUGCCACAAACGUUACCAGCACCAAACUCUGGUUAUUCAAACCCUAACCCUGAUCAUUUAACUUCUAAUUUUAAUAAACUGGGAUUAAACGAAAGCCCCCAGAAUCAGACGGCAGUGAAUCUGUUGAACGAACGGCAUCUUAUCCACCAUGAAGGUUUAGAAACAGUAAAACCAAAUUUACAACACGAUUUUAAAAAAGUACAUUGUAACCCCGAUGUGUUUCGGUGUACAUUAAACGCGAUGCCUCAGACAUCUACAUUAUUGAAUAAGGCACGGCUACCAUUAGGAAUCCUUAUUCAUCCCUUUAAGGACCUUUCCGAGAUUGAAUCAGAUAAUCAAUUACCUGUGAUUCAAUCGAGUGUGAUAGUACGAUGUCGAUCGUGUCGAACUUAUAUUAAUCCAUACGUACAUUUUGUGGAUCAGAGACGAUGGAAAUGUAACUUGUGUUAUAGAGUCAAUGAUUUACCAGAAGAAUUUACUUUUGAUCCCGUUACUAAAACAUACGGGGAUCCUCAGAGACGACCAGAAAUACGCUCAGCUACCAUAGAAUUUAUAGCUCCUUCAGAAUAUAUGUUAAGACCCCCUCAACCUGCUGUAUAUUUAUAUCUAUUAGACGUGUCUUUCAAUGCUAUAGAAACUGGUUAUUUAAAUCUGUUCUGCCAAACAUUAUUAGAAGAAAUAGAUAAAAUACCAGGUGAUUCGAGAACACAGAUCGGGUUUCUGGCGUAUGAUAGAUCCCUGUAUUUCUUUAACCUAGCAGAAGGUCUAUCGCAACCACAGAUGUUAAUUGUUCCAGAUUUAGAUGAUGUAUUUUUACCCUUACCUGAUGAACUAUUGGUGAAUUUACACGAGAGUAAAGAUUUAGUCAUAGAUUUAUUAAAUCAGUUGCCAACGUUAUUCGAAGGAAACACAGAAACAGGAAGUGCCUUGGGUGCCGCUUUACAGGCAGGCUAUAAAUUAACUAGUCCCACAGGGGGUCGUAUAACCGUGAUGCAGACCGUUUUACCUACCGUUGGUCAAGGAGCUUUACAAUUACGUGAAGCAACCCCUCAAACAUCAGCUAAGAACAUCCCACAUCUUGGUCCAGCAACAGAUUUUUAUAAGAAGUUAGCUUUAGAUUGUUCCGCUCAACAAGUGGCUGUUGAUUUAUUUAUGUUAAACGGACAAUAUGCUGACAUGGCAUCUAUAUCUUGUAUAUCAAAAUAUUCGGCGGGUUGUAUUUAUUAUUACCCAUCAUUCCACACAAUAAAAAAUACAGCGUUAUCAGAUAAAUAUGAAGCUGAUUUACGUCGAUAUUUAACGAGAAAGAUUGGAUUUGAAUCAGUAAUGAGAAUAAGAUGUACAAGAGGAUUAAGUAUUCAUACCUUCCAUGGUAAUUUCUUCGUGCGAUCAACUGAUUUAUUAUCGUUACCUAAUAUAAAUCCUGAUGCUGGGUUUGGUAUGCAGAUGUCUAUAGAAGAUACACUAACGGAAUGUUCAAACGUCUGUUUUCAAGCUGCUUUACUCUAUACAUCCAGUAAAGGUGAAAGAAGAAUUCGUGUCCAUACUUUAUGUUUACCUGUGACCAAUCAGAUAUCAGAUGUUUACGGCAGUGCUGAUCAACAAGCUAUAAUAGGGCUUCUCUCAAAAAUGGCUGUUGACAGAACGUUGACAUCUUCUAUGGGUGAUGCUAGAGAUGCCUUGAUGAACGCAGCUGUUGAUAGUCUAGGAGCAUAUAUGAGCCAAAUACCCGCAUCACAGAAGAUUGGAUCGUUAAUAUUACCAUUUACAUUGAGAGUUAUCCCCCUCUUUAUUUUAUCGCUGUUAAAAAGUAUGGCGUUUAAAGGAACAGCCAGUACGAAGACAGAUGACCGUGUAUUUGCGUUACAACAGUUUAAAGUGCUACCCAUCUCCUACCUCCUGCAGUCUGUAUACCCACAUUUAUACCCAGUACAUGCCCUUGAUGAGAAGUCACCAGUAACAAAAGGUGGUAUAUCAGUUCAUAUUCCACCUUUAAUCCAGUUGUCAUCUGCUAAUAUAGAUCGUCAUGGUGUAUAUUUAAUGGAUACAGGUGAUUGUGUAUAUAUGAUCGUAGGAGGAUCUGUGUCGGAUCAAUUCUGUCAGAAUGUUCUAGAUAAGCCUAACUUUAUGUCUAUACCUGAAACCAUGACCGAUCUGCCGGAAAUGGAAAAUCCAACGUCAGAAAAUUUACGUAAUUUUGUUAAUUAUUUGUUAGAUAAUCGGCCAAAUGGUACAACUUUCUUAGUCAUGAGAGAUGACAGUAAAUGUCGUCAUGUAUUUUACCAACAUAUGAUAGAAGAUAGAACCGAGUCUAGUAUGAGUUAUUAUGAGUUUUUACAAUAUCUUCAACAACAGAUAAAAUAACAUGCUGUAUAUAAACAACGAUAGAUCAUCAUGUAUUAUACACACUAAUUCUCAUCUCUUUAAUCAGAUACAGUCAAAAAACAACAAAUUCAGAUCCAGGAUUUCAUUGGUUGAAAUCUAAAAUCUCUGCUAGGAUUUUAAUUCUUGACCAAUCAAAUGACAGGAUUUGUAUAUUAUUUAAGUAAUAUUUAUGAGAAUUAGACCCCUGUCAUCCGAUUAUUGUAUGUAUGAAAUUUUAAUAUAUAUGGCAAUAUUGUUUAUAGCCACCUCCUUGAACCGUUUUCUGUUUUAAUAACUUUGUUAGGAUACCGCUUCCUUAUACGCAAUUUAUUAUUUAUAUGGUAGACUGACACCAAUCUGAUUAAAACACAGAUCCUAUUUCGUUUCGUUUUUUAUAGUUCAAAAUUUCGUUUUACUUGUCUUUACUACACUAUGAUCUGAAAGAGUUGUUAUAUAACCCGCAUUUUGGAUGAUGUGAGGGAUUAGCCAAUGAAAUGAUCUGUUAUGGCGAGUUUUUGGCGUGAGGUGCACGGAACUGUGGGUAACCCAUUAGAAACAUCAUCGCUGAUUGGUUAAUCAAAUGUCUGAUGUCAUAGAGUCAAAAGCCGCUCGUAUGACCACUGAUGCGACCUUCCACUACAACUGGUCAGAUCUUCAUGUAGUAGACGCCAUCGAAAGUAUAAAAAAAAACCGAAGUGAAAUAUAGAUCUGUAUUGGAAUCAGAUUGACUGUACUCUUGUUUUAAAUAACUGAAAUAAAUACCACAUGUUGUUUUAUGAAUGGAGUGUGUUUAUGUUUUGUGAGUGUG